AUGGAAGAUGGAAAAAUAGAUAUUAACAAAAUUCAUAUGCUUCUUUACUCUAAGCUUGAAAAAAGAGAUAAAAUUGAAAAAGAACCAUUUAAACUUGUUACUAAAUGUUGUGGCUCUGGUGGAGAAGCUAAUGAAACAGCUGAAUUAAGCGGUGAAAUUGAUAAACUUAAACAAGAAAAUAUUGAUAUUGUUAAAGAUUAUCAUAAAAUUUCAGUUAAACUUAGUAAUGUUGAACAAGAAAAAAUUGCUGUUGAGCAAGAAUUAGAACAAACAAAAAAUAUGGUCAAAUUAAAACAAGAAGAAGUUAGUGUACUCCAAACUAAGAAUGAUGAAGUAUUGAAAGAUAUUCAAAGUAAAAUUGAAAUGAUUAAUGUUAUUCGUCAAGAAAGUUCUGCUCAUCAAAUUAAUAGAAUUAGACUUGAAGAUGAUUUAAAACGAUUAAAUAUUGAAAAUCAUCGAAUUAUGGAUGAAUAUGCUAAAUUGGAACAAGAACUAAGAGUAACAAAAGAAUUAUACUCUAAAAUUCAAGCAAACCCCUCUAUUACUCAACAACCACAAGGAAAUAAUCCACCAACUCAAUCUUAUUUAUCAUCAAAUGCUACCACCUCUUCUUCUCAAGUUAAUGGAAUGAAUGUAAGUGCUAGCAAGUUACCCACAGAAUGUAAAAGACAAAUCACAGGUCAUUCUAGUGAUAUCUUAUGUUUUAGAUAUAAUUCAAAUGGUACUGUGCUUGCAUCUGCCUCAGCAGAUAAAACAGUAAAGUUAUGGGAUGUUGCAACUGGUAAAAUUAAAUCAUCAGUUGGAGGUGUAUUACAAAGUUUUACACAUUUAUCUUUUAGUCCAAUGGGAGAUAUGUUACUUGCUACUAGUAAUGAUUCUACUGCUAAAGUAUGGUAUUUAGCUAACUCAAGAUUAAGACACAGUUUAACUGGACAUAGUGGUAAAGUAACUUGUGGAGAAUUUUUUGACACUGAUAAAAUUAUGACUGGUAGUCAUGAUAGAACAUUAAAGACAUGGGACGUUAAUAAAGGUUAUUGUCUUAAAACUACAGUAUGUUUUUCUAGUUGUAACUGUAUGAUGAUGGGUGGAAUGGGUAAUUUAGUAUUAACUGGACAUUGUGACAAUACCAUAAGAUUCUGGGAUAUUAGAAGUAAAGAAUGUAUUGAUAUUAAUAAAAAUAUUCAUACAAGUUCUGUAAGUGAUAUUAUCAAUAUAUUAGAUGGGAGAUAUUUUGUUAGUAUUGGUAAAGACAAUAUUAUCCAAUACGUUGAUGGUGUAGAAAGAAAAGUUAUUUCAUCAUUUUCUCAUCCAGACUUUACAGUAACAAGCUCAUCUAGAAUAUGUUGCUCUCCUGAUGGAAAGUAUAUUAUUGCAGGUUCUUCAAAUGGAGAAGUUUUCUGUUGGGACACUCAAACAAAGAAGUUAGAAACAGUACUAAAGCCAAAGCUAACUCAACCAACUAAGGUUGGGUGUUAUGCAGUUUCAUGGAAUCCAGUUCAAUCACAAAUUGUUUCUGGACAUGCCAAUAAGAUUGUUAUAUGGGAAAAUUAA